AUGAAUGGUGGCGGGUCGAGGAUUGAAGUCGUAGAAUUGGUGACCGCAGAAAUCAACAUUAGGCAAAGAUAUGCAGGCUACUCUAGUAAAGAUCUUAAAGGAUAUGAUGAUGUUUAUUCUGAAAAGCAAAAUGUCUAA